GCUGUUGCUGAGGGCUCAGUGUUUUUGGUGUCGGAUCUAUCUGCUGGGGCUGUGGUUGACUCACUUGUGGUGAUUGGGUUGGAUAGACAGUUGGCUGCACCGGUGGUCUGAUAUGGUCAUCAAAAAAGAGUUAAAUCCAAUAUUCUUAUGAAUAUAGCCUUCUAUAAGAACGAUCCGUACAAACAGGAGAAAUGGGUGGACGGGUUGGGCGAAUUGACCCCCAGAGGUAAGCACCGGAUGUAUACUUUUGGACAACUUUUACGGCAACGAUAUGGGGACACCUUUUUGGGGGAUUCACCAAAAAAUAUGCAAAUAAGAAGUUCAUCGUCUGACCGGUGCUUAGAGAGCGCGUCGGCACUGGCGACCGGACUCUAUCCGCCAAAAAACAGAUGGAUUUGGUCUGAAAAGGACGCCAUCGCACAGUUAUGGCAACCGAUUGCCAUUCAAACGGUUCUCAAAGCAGAAGAUGGUCUUCUUGUGCCCAACUCUGACUGUCCGGCAGCCGAUGCCGCCUAUCAGGAGAUAAUGCACUCAAAGCCGGUGACAGACUUAUUGGAGAAAAACAAAGAUUUUAUUAAACAAAUCAAUGAGAAGACGGGAGAAAAUUAUAAAACUUUAAGAGAUUUGGAUUAUUUAUACGAUACUAUUAAUCAUGAAAUGAAUUUCGAUGAGCCAAAGCCGGCGCCUAAAUGGGUGCAGGAGUUGGGGAACGACACGUUGGAUAGACUUAAAAAUUUCGAGUCAAAUGCCUUUAAGUAUGACUGGUCUUCAAAGAAAGUACAGAGACUUAGAGGGGGUGUCAUGUUCAAUGAGUUGACCACUAAGAUGGUCGACGCCUCUAUUAAGACCCCAACCGUUAAGGUGUACGACUACUCCACUCACGACACUCUUCUGGUUACCCUAUUGGAGGCGUUGGGUCUGUAUAGCGGUGACCCCCCGUCCUAUGGAGCGGCCCUUCUCUUUGAAUUACACCAAAUCGAUGGCCAAUACUUUGUUCAUCUGUUUUACGCAAAUGUGACGCCAGUUCUCACGUACACUAAACUGGAGCUCAAGACCUGUCUAUUGAAUGAAACCCAAAGUGAAUGCAAAUUAAAUAAUUUCGCGGAAAGUGUCAAAGAAUUCUCUAUAACCCAAAAAGAUUGGGUCAAAGAAUGUCAAGAAAAAGGCGACGGGAAGUCAUAUUCAUUGAAUAGGUCUCAAAGUGAUGAUAAAGAGAGCUCAUCAUCAGAGAGCUCGUGGUUUAACUUCCAGCACAGCCUACUCGUGGUGGUGGGGGUCGUGGUCGGAGUGGUUCUCACGGCUCUGGCAUUCUUUGCCAAUAGAAACAACGAAACCAAAACAAAUGAAGACAAUCAUCAAGAAGUGGUCAUUGAUAGUCAGCCCACGAGUUGUCUAAACGAACCCAAAUUGUCCGAAGAGGAAGAGUUGGCCACUUUAGGCCUCAGACCUAAUACGGUCUCCCCCGACCCGUGUGAUUGUUUUGGAUGUGUAUUUUGUGUGAACCUGUGUUUUAUGCCGCCACAUACAGCGCACAAUGGCACGACUUCGGGUCCGGACGUCAAAAACAACGAAAACAAAACAAAUGAAGACAAUCGUCAAGAGGUGGUCAUUGAUAGUCAGCCCACGAGUUGUCAAAACAAACCCAAAUUGUCUGAAGAGGAAGAGUUGGCUGCUUUAGGGCUCAGACCUAACACAUCUGCUCCCGACCCGUGCGCUUGUUUUGGAUGUGUAUUCUGUAUGAACGUGUGUUUUGUGCCCACAAUAACCGCACCUCCCGUUCCCACACACUUCCGAAAGGGACACUCCGGCAGGGGUUUUCAUGAUAAUGAUGGACACGAUGGCGACUAUUCAGACACCGGGGACUUUGAUUGGGCCGUAACUUUCGCUGAUAACAUAACGGGUGGUGACGGGGGAAACGGUGGUCACCACGGCGGAGAUGGUGGGGACGGCGGUGGAGGUGAUGGCGGUGGCGAUGGGGGAGGUGGUGGUGGCGGCGAUGGGGGAGGCGGUGAAUAG